CUUUUUUUUAAGCAAAAGCUGAUGUGUUUGAAAAGAAAAACUCCAUAUCUAUAAGCGGGGGCUUUGACCAGAAGGGGGCACGGUGGUCGGCCGCAGAGUUGAAUUGGUUCGGUAUAACUGAGCAAAUAGGGAAAUAGAGAGAUAGAUAGAUUACGACUGCAUCUCAUCUACACGGUUCUCUGACUUGGGUCAGUCAAGAAAGAGUUCAACCCUGCAAGCAUUUCGGCCAAACAAGAAAAACUCGAUCAAGAAGGCAAUUAAAAAUUCAAUCUUUGCAUCCUUCAUCUUUCACGGUUUGACUUUACUUCACAUCUGCUUAAAGUAAGGAAAUAUUGGUCAAGGAUGUGGUCAAGUUCUGCCCAAAGACUUCAGGCUGGUUUACUAAAAAUCGAGUCUUUUAAUUGACUUCCACUAAGAGGGUCAGGUUUUGCAGCAAGAAGCUCAUUUGGGAUAUGUACAUACUUUGGUUCUUGAUGGAAAGCUUGAGACAAUAUUAGGUUAAGCAUAUUUGCAAAAAUAUGGGUGGGCUGUGUUCUAGAGGUAUAGUGACUGAAGGUGGCGGUCUUCCACAAGCCAACAAUCACAUAAAUUUUGGUGCCGGGAUGGUUUAUCAGUCGUGUGGUUUGAGGCCCACACAAGUGAACGCCAAUCCCACACAAUCUCAUGAUGUGGGAAGCACUGAUAAGCAGCCAAGUGAUCAUCAGUCUUUUUCUUUCCCGGAAAUUGAUGCUCAUUCCAAUAAGGCCUAUAUGGAUGAUAUCAAUGAUGGGAUUCCUCGCUUAUCUAGAACCCUAUCUCAGAAAUCUCGAUCCACAAGGUCUAGACAAGUGGCCAUGGCAAAGGUUUCAGAAGUGAGUUCACUUUUGGGGAAAGCUGGUGUGAAGGCUUAUGAUGUGUUGGACACACUAGGUAGCAGCAUGACAAACUUAAACUUGAGUGGCGGUUUUGCAUCCAGCAUGGCUACUAAAGGAAAUAAAAUAUCAAUUUUGGCGUUUGAAGUUGCAAAUACUAUUGUCAAGGGCGCAAAACUCAUGAAUUCCCUUUCAAGUGAGAACAUUAAACAUAUGAAGGAGGUUGUGCUCCCAUCAGAAGGGGUGCAACGUUUAAUAUCAAAGGAUAUGGAUGAACUCUUUAGAAUUGCUGCGGCAGACAAGAGAGAUGAAUUGAAAAUAUUUUCCGGAGAGGUGGUUCGUUUUGGAAAUCGCUGUAAAGAUCCUCAGUGGCACAAUUUGGACCGUUAUUUUGAGAAGUACUCGUUAGAAUCAGAACUCACAUUCAACGAACAACUUAAAGAAGAAGCAGAAGUAGAGAUGCAUCAGUUGAUGACAUUCGUUCAGCAUACAGCUGAACUAUAUCAUGAAUUGCAUGCCUUAGACAGAUUCGAGCAGGAUUAUCGGCGUAAGGUUCAGGAAGAUGAUAAUUUAAGUGCCGCUCAGAGAGGAGAUGGCCUUGCAAUGUUAAGGGCCGAGCUAAAAAGUCAGAGGAAACAUGUAAAAAGUUUGAAAAAAAAGUCUCUGUGGUCCAAAAUCUUGGAAGAGGUAAUGGUGAAGCUGGUGGAUAUAGUGCAUUUCCUUCAUUUGGAGAUUCAUGCUAGCUCUGGAAGUGUUGAUGAGGGCAGACCAAUAAAAAACAAUCAUCUAAGGCUGGGAUCUGCAGGUCUUGCAUUGCAUUAUGCAAAUCUUAUUACUCAGAUUGAUACACUUGUAACCCGAUCAUGUUCAGUCCCACCUAAUACAAGAGAUGGUCUUUAUCAGGGUCUGCCCCCAAGCAUAAAGUCUGCUUUGCGAUUCAAGUUACAAUCCUUCCAACUUAAGGAGGAGAUGACUGUCCCUCAAAUCAAAGCAGAAAUGGAGAAAACAUUGCAGUGGCUUGUACCUAUGGCUACCAAUACGACCAAGGCACAUCAUGGCUUUGGAUGGGUUGGAGAAUGGGCCAAUACGGGGGCUGAGAUGAAUCGCAAAUGUGGUGGGCAAUCCGAUCUACUUCGAAUAGAGACAUUAUAUCAUGCAGAGAAGGAGAAGACUGAGAAUUACAUUCUUGAACUUGUGGUUUGGUUGCAUCAUCUAGUUAGUCACCAGUCAAAAUCAUCUCCUAAUGGGGCAGGGGUUAGAUCCCCAAUCCGUUCCCCUAAUCAGAAGGCAAUCCAGCUGUCAUGCUAUAAACUGAACCACCCUCCGUCUCCGGCAUUGUCAAUUGAAGACCAAGAGAUGCUUCGCGAUGUAAGCAAGCGGAAGCUGACACCCGGUAUCAGUAAGAGUCAGGAAUUUGGCAUUUCAAAAGCCACGGCCAGGUUGAGCAAGCACAACCAACGUCUUAGUAAGAGCAGUAGCCAUUCGCCUACGACUACGACUGAGAUGAAGAAAGAUCAUUCCUUCUCCAUCAGGCGACCAUUUUCUGUCCCUGUUAUAAACUUUGAUACUGAUCGGGUCAAGGCACUAGACAUCAUUGAUAGACUGGACACGUUCCACAACUAGUUUAAGCUUCAAUAAGCUUUUGUGGGGAAGAGACCACCGUGGUGAAGAGACAUUUCUGCUGCCCGGGUUUUGUACAACCCCACCCACCAGCAUUGUGAAAUGGCUUCAAGGUUAGUGAUCCCCAGCAUUGUUUUUUGGUUGCAGGCUUAGGUCACUCGACGAGUAGAAGAAACAAGUGCUGCUGUUAUAUUCCUAUUUCUUGAGUUCUUUCCCCCCAUAGGGUGUUGUUGUAGGGUGAAGAUAUGCACUUCUCAAAUUACUCUCUUACAUGUAUAGAACGAGAAAUCUUUCCCCUUUGAUGUCCUGAAGAAGUUAAUUCAUCAUUUUAAACAGAUUUUAGUUAUGCAAAAGUGCACCUCAUUUAGGAGUAACCUAAAAGCUCACAUGUUAGCCUGUAAUUUAUAUAUGUAGUUUAUAUUUGCUUACGUUGUGUACUUUAUUUGUUAUGUUUUUAACUUUUUACAAUGCCUGCUUAAAAAGUACUUUCAAGAAGAGAAGUUAUGUACUAUCUCAAAUAUUUGUUUUAUAUCAUAUUUUGCUCUAUGCAUGAGAUAUAAAUUAUUUAUAGUUCAC